CUACCGGUAGGACGUGUUUUGCCGUUUGGUCCUUGCCUCACGGUCAGUAUUUAGAAGCCGUUGACGAACACCACGUGGCAGCUUGGUGGAGAACAGUUGAAAAGAAUUUUGAGUGCGUACCUUUAGCUAGUGUUGGCUCGGCGGCGAAUCGAUGUCCUCGCUGUUUUGCUGUUGUUGUUGUUGUCGUCGUCGUAGUAGACGCUGAUGCCUGAUGUUAGUUUUUAGCGCGCGUGAGCCUUCUGUAUCUAGUAGGCCUUAGUUCGGCCCAGAGCCUACUGCCACUGGCUGACGAUGGCGAUGGGAAUCGACCAACGUUUCAGUUUCGGUUGAUCGUUGAAGCACUGAGCGUCGUCGUCGUCUGCGUCGGGAGAAGCCUAUUACUGACUGAUGUCUGCUGGAUGCUGUGCUGCGUUAGUGUCCUUAGAGUUGGGCCUUUGGAUGGUUGGUUAGAUGAGUGGAGAAUAUUAAACCAUCUCAGUUCAGUGCAGUGACCACGGACCAACAGAAGCAGAAGCAGUAGCAGCAGUUGCAGUGACAGUGGAUCCGUAACAGUUGCAUUCAUCAGGUGCAUCGUGCUCGAGCCCUUUCUUAGGAUUGCUGGGGCAGAUUGUUAGUUAUUACUUCUAGUUUGCCUAGAUGUUCCGCAGAAGAGAAUGUGUGCUUGUGUUUGAACAGUAUUAGAUUUGUACUCGGUCCUAGAAUUAGUGGUGAUUCAAUUGCUCAGCACAGCCGAUGAGCGUUGCUAAUAGUUUGUAAUUGCUUGUAAUUGUGCAUUUGACAGAGCAAAAGCUGUGAAUCAGUCGGCUGAAGGCUCUCAAUUGUUUGUGCAUGAUUGGAAAUCAUAGGUCUUCCACUUUGGACUGCAGCCAUGUGCUGAUGUUCGAUUGCGAUAAUCGAAUUUGCACUGAUGAGAUUUAGUAGCAGGAAGUAAUAUCAUAUACAAUGGUGUCGUGAUUGGACCAGUUUACGAGGAAAAUGGAAGCUUUUCCGUUCGAUUACGAACUAUAUUGACGGUGCCCUUUGGUGCUCUCUGUAAUACUUUGUUGUGUCAUCAAUAGCAAUCAACUAGCUCUGUUUUCACCUUUCUCCCAACUACACACCCACAACCCACAUUCCUAUCACAUCAGAAAAGGAAGCGUACCUGGUCCCAAGUGGAAUAGCGAAAGUUUUCGAUUCGACCAAAUUUCUCUACGAAAAGCAGGUUACGCUCGACAGGACGGAAGAAAAGUGACCAGCAUCUAGCAGUCGAGUUGGUCAAAUUGUGGCAUUAUUAUAGUGGCAUAACUUGUGGCUGAAUGGUACAAAAAAGAGAGAAAGAAAAAAAAACUUAAAGGAUAAAAAGUUGAAACAUGAAAACUUUCCUGUCCCUGUGUUGAGUCGUUUUAAAAUCUUCUGUGGGAGGGUGGAAUUUGGACAUCGCCCGAGGGUCAGCAACGAGCGGAUAGAACACUACAACCCAAUAGCAAAAAUACUCGAACGAACGCAUCCAAGUGACCACUGGCAAAAUCAACAACCAUGGAAUCCUCCAGGUGACAGCAACAAACUAUACCUAGGUAUUAUCGGAGAGCCCUAAUAAAUGGCAUUCGGCUCACUAUGAUCCCCGAGAGCGUUGGAUCCCUAGCAUGAGGUACAAAGCGUAAUUGGGUCUCGCGCGAUGAGCAUUAGCAGUAGUAGGCUGUGAAAGCGUCGUAAUCAAACUCGCAUUGUGUCGGCAGCGACGCACAAACGUUCUCAUCAUUACACACAUACAAACGAGGCAGCGACAAGAGACCACCCCGCAUAGAAAAGUACGCGAGAUGGACGUUGACAGUGCCUAUGACAGCGGAGACUACAACGCCACUGAUUACGUCAAUCGAACUACGCCCAUCUAUUCGAUUAAUCCCGAUUUCAUCACACAGUGGAAGCUGAAAAAGAAGCAGGAAAAGUUCUGCAAACAACUCUACAAAAGAUUAAAUCUAUUAAAUUUCCCCGAAUGUCAGAACUUGCUCGGCAUCCCGGCGUAUCAUCGGCUGUACGAGAAGGCAUCUUCGUCAGGAGGACCAGGCGUUCUAGGACCGGGAUCAGGACCAGGCGGAAGUUCCAUCGGAGGCGGAAGUGGAGGGACGGACUUUGAUAAUCUGUACGCCGAGUAUGGUAGUUGGUUCGCGAGCAAUAACUACACCUUCCUGGAGUGGAACAACAACAAUGGCAGCCCGGGAACGGCCAACGGAUCAUCGCUGCUGGAUGGAUUGAACGGCACGGGGGGCUUGUUCCUGGACGGAGCCAGCGGAUUGGGCCCAGUGCUUCCGCCGUUCGAGCUGUGGCAAACCAUCCUGAUAGCGAUAUGUUUGGCAAUUUGCAUAAUACUCACCGUUGGCGGAAACAUUCUGGUGCUGUUGGCAUUCAUCGUAGACCGGAGCAUCCGGCAGCCGAGUAACUACUUCAUUGCAUCGCUCGCUGCCACCGAUAUGCUAAUAGGAACCGUUUCGAUGCCGUUCUACACCGUGUACGUGCUGAUGGGCUACUGGGACUUGGGGCCGCUACUGUGCGAUCUGUGGCUAUCGGUGGACUACACCGUCUGCCUAGUAUCCCAAUACACCGUACUGCUGAUCACGAUCGAUCGGUUCUGUUCGGUGAAGAUAGCCGCCAAGUACCGGAGCUGGCGAACCAAAAACAAGGUCAUAUGGAUGGUAACGAUCACCUGGAUUGUGCCGGCGUUGCUGUUUUUCAUAUCAAUUUUUGGAUGGGAGCAUUUCGUGGGGUAUCGAGACCUGCAGCCCGGUGAGUGUACGGUUCAGUUCUUGAAAGAUCCCGUAUUUAAUACGGCGCUGAUCAUUGGGUACUACUGGACAACGCUGGUGGUAUUGUUCGUUUUGUAUGGAGGCAUCUACAAGACGGCAUAUGAUAUGCAGAAAAAGAGCGAAGCUAAGCAGAGGAAGAUGCAGUCGAUGGUGGCGUUGGGGAACGCAAUGCAGGGAAUGGCUGGACGAGUGGGUGGAAUAGGUAUUUCGAAGACGCAGAGCACCCUGCUGAGUCAAGAUAAACCACUGCCAAUUCCGGUUAGCGCGGCACCAAACGUUUUACUUCCGCCAACCAUGUCUUUGGUGCCGAAUGUCAUGCAGAAAGAUGAAGCAUCUUCUAGCAGAAAAAGUUCGGUAGCCAAGGAAAAAGCGGAUUCGAGUAAAAGAAAUAAGGAGGAGAAGGAAGGCGAUAAGAGCGAGCGAUCUAGUAGUCCUGCGUUUGAUUCGGACGACGAGAGUUCGGCAAAUACGAAACAGCAACAGGAAGAAGCUAAAGCGAUCAAAAAACGAACAUCGAUAGCUGGAUUACUGGUAGGCGCAUCGGCUACCGUACUUUCUAAUAGAUAUAAUAACGGAGUGGUAAAACCAACAGCAGUUCCUAUGAGUGAUUCUAGUGUAACGAAGAAAUCCCCUAGCAAUCCAAUCAAGUUAGAUGGUUUGCCAAAGAUCAGCGAAAUGAGUAUUAUGGAUACGGAGAAUGUUGACGGUAAGCCACCUUUGAAGCCUACACCGGCUCAAACGCCAAUAUCACCAGUAGAUAUCGAACCGAUCGUGGUGGCUCGUGCGGAACGAGCACCGGAGAUUUCACACACAAUCCUAACACCACCCUACGGAUUUCAGGGGAGUCCACUUGCUUCCGAAAGUCCACCGUCCAAAUCCGAAAGGCCUCAUAGUAUAAUAAGCCAGGGCGAUUCAACCGUAACGUACGAUGCUGUAGUCGGAAUGGACGGAGCAGAUCUUCGAUUUAUGGACGAAAGUUCGAUGAUCGUCGCCUCGCCACAGUACGAAAGUCCUCCUUCGGCAUUUGCCAUAGUUCAACCACGAUCACCGGCAGCUUCGGCCGCUCAAAGUGUAGUUAACCCUUCGCUACUACAAAAAGCUCUAAUACGGGCAACCGCUCAAUCGCAGCAACCUCCGCCAACGGUUCUACUUCGGUCGGUUGACAUCGGAAGGCCAUUGUCUCCGACUCCGACAACCACCAGCAGCUCCAAUACAAUCAACAAAUUCAGUACAACUGUAACGGUAGCUUCAGAAGCCCCCGAUAAACCAGUUACCGUUUUAAACAAUAGUUUUUGCACAACCAACAAUUCAAACCUAGACCAGGCCUUACAUCAGCACUCACAGGUCGAAUGCACGCAAAAUAAUUCACCGACGACAAUAGUCACUACUAGUGAACUUUCUGCUCCAAAUACGACUGUAGCGGCUCCUACUGUAGUAUCAACAGUAGUAACAGCGGAACCUACUACAACAACCAGUAGCAGCACGUUGGCUGUGGCCACUUCAAUCGGACCCACAACAGCCUCCAAUACCUUAAACAACAAUAAUAAUAAUAACGCAUCUAGCGGUCCCAACAUCACUAUCAACCCAUGUAUGGAACGACAAUCCUCGAGCAGGCGAGACUUCAUCCGAUCGAUCGGCAACAGACUGAAGGGCAACAAGAAGUCAGGAGGCCCGAUGGGCAUUGGCCGGCAGAAGUCCAAGUCGGAGAACCGAGCCCGCAAAGCCUUCCGAACGAUAUCAUUCAUCCUGGGGGCGUUCGUUGCCUGCUGGACCCCGUACCACGUGCUGGCCUUGGUCGUGGGCUUCUGCUCCGAGCCACCCUGCGUUAACGAACACCUGUUCAUGUUCUCGUACUUCCUCUGCUACGCCAACAGUCCGAUGAAUCCGUUCUGCUACGCCCUGGCCAAUCAGCAGUUCAAGAAAACCUUCACCCGGAUACUGCGCGGUGAUCUGCACAUGACCUAAUCAAUCUCCAAAUAUCAAUUUUUACUUGCAAAAUGGCUAAUAGACAAUAAUAAUGUUAAAGAACAAAUUAUGCUAAGCGUGUAUACUUGGAAAGCCACCAGCUGCAGGAAGCAUAAGUAUAUAUUUAUCAACCAAUAAGAAGCAUAAUCGUAAGAAAAAGUUUAGGCAGAAGCUAGUGACCAUAGGAAUAAGUGUAAAUAGACUUUUUUUUAGAAAAUUGGUAGAAAGAUGAAAAAAUUAAAAUGUAGGUACAAGAAGAAAACUGAAAAUGUACGCAAAUAAAUUGUAAAUCAAGCAUCAGGCGCCUCCAUUUUUUAUAAAAAUGAAACAAAUAAGUUUAUUUUUAACAAAGUGAAGAAAAAAACUUGGCGUGCGCGUGCUCUAUCUUUCUAAUUAUGCAAAAGAAAAAACACGUACACAUACACACACACAAAUACAAAGGGCACCCACUUGCUUCGAUGAAAGAAUCAUCAUCGCCGUUUCAGAAAUUCAAAAACAAAGAAACGCGCUGAACAAAAACAAAAACAAAAAUAUUCCUAGUCAAUAUUGAAGAGAAUGUAAACAAACGCAUCGUUCACUGUUUCGCUGUUGUUUAAGAUGAAAGACAAUUAAGUGUGAUUAGAUAAUAUUUUCCCGGCAGCAAACGGUACUUAUUUCUCUGCUGAAAAUAAAAUUUAAAAAAUAUCUAGAAGAAGACGUUAGCAAUGAGGAGAGGGAAGUUCAAACAUGUUGAGUUAAAAUGUGAGAAAAACUAACUAACGCUGGUAAAGAAAUGUAGUAGCAGCAUCGAGGGCGGGUGAAUGUGAUUGUUUAUAAAACACAAGUGGCAUUCGCGGCGCUAUUUCUUUAGUAUGGGUCUUUUGCCUUCACCCUUCCGGAAAUCGUGAAAAUAUGCAUCAUCACGAGCUUUUAUCGGCACCACAGUCAAGUUGCACCAAAGUGUGACCACUACCUAACGGACGACGAAAACGACAACAGAGAGACACAGAGACUUCACAUCCCCCCUUCCCAUUGAACGAUUUGCUCCGUUGUGUUUGUUUCAACGGCGGAAAAACAAGACACGAUAAGACGUGAGCCACGAGUGGGAAAAGUUCACUACCCAAUGAGCAAACUUGUUAAAAUUGCUUUCUUCCGUUUUGGGAAAAUAUUUUUCUCGCGCUAUUCUGAAGAGAAGGGAUGGCAAUCAUUUUCCUUGUCCUUGGCUAGGAAUAGCUUAAUGAAGAAGAAAAAGAGUACAACUGUGUGUAAAUGACAUUCUUGUGAGUUUUUCGAUGAUCACAAGAUCACAAGAAACGAAAAAGUACAAAAUGUGUUUUGUUUUUUCAGUCCUUUACGACCCUAGGAAAAUGUACGACCAAAAUUCAGUUCUUACGAAGGAAAUUACUGGUUCUAGUCUUUGUUCUAAGGUUUAAUGCCAUCCGAAUGCUAUGGAGCGAGGAAAAAAAUGCCAUUCGGGUUUCGCUUGGCGGCACGCAGUCGUUUAAUUACGGGUUUUUUUCCUGCUACCUCCUGCGCUGUAAUUGGCAUGAUGUAAAUAACGGACAGCAGCCAAAAAAAACAUCGGGGUCUAAAAACGGUGGAUAUCAAAUGACUUUUUACCUUCUCAGUCUUGAAGGUGACUCGUAUGAAUCUUGAUUUUGUUACGAUAAUUAUAAAGCUUUUUUUUCAUACUUUUAGAAUUUUUUAUAUAGGUUUCUUGUAAAUUCUUAUUGAACUCAAAUUAACAGAGGAAAUUACUAUUGUCUAUGCACUAGCAUUCUGAGCUGCAAAUGAGGAGACACUGACUUCUAGAAAUGACAAAGUAUUUUUUUUCGAUUAGUUAUGCUCACUCAAGCUAUCAGCUGAUUACUAUGCAUGAGUCAUAAGUAGCGGGAAUAAAUUGAUGCCAAUUUUUUCACGAUUUAUACUUAAAAGAGACAACUGGGUGGGGUUUUGUUAUCCGGAACAGACUUUUCUCGAGAUCAAUGGUCUCAGCAUUUGAACUACUGCAAACAAACAUGUUUUUAAUGACACGUCAAAUAUUUGGUAUUUUAGACAAUAUUUCACCUGAUCUCCAUUGGAAUUCUCAGAUGUUAAAGUUUGUUUUAAAACAUUUGAUAUUCACCAGUUAAGAAUAAAGGAGAUUGACAUGGAGAAAAAACUAGAUAGAGUUUUUGAUUAUUAAUCGGAAAUACGAAUUCAUCUGCAUGCCGUUUGGAAUGACAAAUGCGCUCUAAAGCUUUCAGCGAGCACUGAGUCGUUAGAAGCAGUAAUGAAUUGAUGUCACUUCCUCCAUGAUUUGCCCUGUAGAGAGAUAAACAGCUCUUAGUUGUUGCUUUUUUACCACAACAGUCCCAGAAUAGAAUUUUUAUAAAGAGUGAUUUUCAGGUUUUGGACUAGACUAGAACGUUUUUGUUCAAGUUCUGAAAAAAUAAAUCAUCUGCCCCCAUCGAAUAUGUUUCAAAUUUUUUUUUCAAAUUUUAACUCUUUCUAACUGACAUUUUACAACAAACUUUACAGAUGAUGAACUUUAGCCUAAUAUGUUUAAUUGUGUACGGACUUUGGGCUUGCUUCAUGUGUAGAUCGUUUAAUUCUAUUUCGAAAAACUCUAUUCCACAGCUUUCAUCGUAAAACUAGUGAAAACAAAUCCAAUACGAGCAAAUCAAAUAAAGCGGGUAUAAAAACCAGUCACAGCUAAUUGUUUCUCUUUUUAGCUGUAAUGUGGAAGCAUAUCAUCAAUUGAUUCCCGUUACUUUCGACUCAGGCGUUAUAAACGAUUGUUUGUUGAAAGCCUGUGAAGACAUUUCCUAAUCCACACAGGAUCUGAGUGUUUCCAUAAUUUAAAUAUACCUCAAAAUGCGGUAAAUGUGAAAUCCGUUCAUUCCCGCUUGCUAUGACUCAGGUAAUUCAGAAAAAAGUAUAUAUCUUUCCAAUUCCAAUAUGGUUGUUUUGAAGAUGUUUACAGCUUGUUGGGUGUCAAAAUCCUCAGGUAAGCUAAAGGAAGCAUUUGAAAAUAACAUUUCUGCUAACAAUAAAAAAAAUCAAAACAUUCCCAUUGCCAAAAGGAAAUAAAUUUAUAGUUUUCCUCAAAAAAAAAAAAAGUGUAUCCUGAAAUCGCACAGAAUGUUUUUUUUUAUUCUAGAAAAUGAGGAUAAACUCUCAUUCUGAACUAUGUCAACAAUCAGAAUGGUGUUUUUUUAGCAAAAAAGGGGCCUACUUAGCUGCUGUGCCUAAUCAUAAUGCUUCUUUUCACUUUUUUCGACCUAGCUUACCAACCUUAAUUUGAAUUUUUGAAAGUUUAUUUGAUAUUUGUUCGACUUUCGAAUCUUUCUCAAAAUAUCAUACAUGAUCUAAUCAGGAAGAUGUUAUCGAAUCCCAUAGAAACAAUGCAAAAGACUAACAACGUUAUACCGACACGAAAAAAAAACAACAAUCCACCAACAGGUGCGACUUGCCACACAAAAAAAAGCUACUCGAAACCAUCGUGCAAACUUCUUUUCCGAAUUGAGCCCCUCAAAAGGACUUCGCAUGAAGUGUUUCGCGUGAUUGCUUGCUAUUUUGCCGAGCUACGGAGCUCAACCGGUGGAUGGUUCUUUCUUUUUUUUCCUUUUUUCGUUUGCUUAGUGGAAGAAGUACCCUGGACUUAUCUCAAGUUGUUGCUACUUCCGGAUUAGUUUUAUUUUUGUCUUUUGUUUGCCCUUUUUUAUACGGUUAAAAGGUAAAGAAAAUGGAAAGGUGAACAUAAUCGCAUUGCGACAUUCCAUGCCAUCUGGAAGUAUUUUUUUUUCUAAGGUGCUUCAAACUUUCGAACGAAGACCACACAGGAGGAAAAAGUUUUCCCAUGUAGCUCCCUCAUCACCACGGGGAGGGUACGUUUUAUUUAGCGUGUAACGAGCUAGUUGUCACAUGUUCUUUUUUUUUUUUAUUCCUCGUUGUUGUUGCUGAUAACUGCCUGUAGAGUUGCGUUUCACGAAAAAAUCUAUCGACCGCACUUUAUUCGAAUAGCAUGAGCUGUCAUCAUCAUCUUCUCGGUUUUAGUUUUGUUGCUCAUCGUUUCGAAAAGAACUCGGAUAAAACCCGACGGCCGAAGGUGCGUGUCGAUAAAGUUUUUUUCUUGCCUCCACAUCACCCCCGCGCCUUACACUGAGUGGUAAUUAUACGUAAUUUUUCUGUUGAUCAUUCGGUUUAGUUUUAUGACAUUUUUCGUCAGCGAGAAGGAGGAGAAAAACGCAGGCAGUUGAUGCCCUACAAGUGGUUUGCUGCAAAGAACAUUUUUGUUAUCACUGUUUCGAUUCUUCCGCACUGACCUUUAAGAAAGUUGAAAUCCUUUAAAAAAGUUUUAUAUUGAAAUACAAAUAAAAGAUACAACUUGUGAAAGCCACAGGUAGAUGUUAAUAUCAAACGGCUUUGAUUUCUAUUGAACCUUAUCAUACAAAAAGAUAAACAAUACCUAGAACAAGCUUAACCGAAAAGAAAGCUUCAAAAUAUGAAAGAAAUAACUCACAAACGUAGGCUAAAGUAUAAUCAAUAGAUGAUGUAAAGUGACAAUAUUCGAUAGAAAUUUGACAAAAUACAAAGUACACAUCAAUCAACAUACAACAUGAAACACACCGCCAAGCUUAGGGAAUAGUCCGGCGAAACGAUUACCUAAGGAAAAAAUAAUAAAGAGGAAAUCAGGUUAGUUAUCAAUCACCUUUGAAACAAGAGAAAACUUUCCUCCAUCGUGGAAAAGUUUGAAUUUAUGGUAAAUUUGCGUUGAUUUUUGCUCUGGAGCAACAUACAACCGAAAGUUGUCCAUUUUACGAUAGGUACCAGAGCGCCGCAAAUUCUCCAAGAGCUGUAAUCAAUCACCAAAAUGAGAGAACCGUCGUUGAUUGGUUAAAUUUAACAAAAACAAAAAGAUAGUUGCCGAAGUCAGUAUUAAACAUUUCCCAAAAUCAAACUGAAACACAAGUUUACAAAUAUAAAAAGGAAACCUCAAACACCUAUCAAGUGUCAAUGAACGGAAUGAUAUCGCAAAAUGACAAUUAAAACACUGUAUUCGAGUUAAGCAAAAUACAAACACUUGUAUCAUCUUUGGAAAUAAACGCUUUAAACGAAAACUAAA